GGUUUGCAGAAUAAAUCCCCACGAUUUUUAUUUUUAUUCUUUAAACGCCACAGCAGCGCGAAUACAGUGCUAAAGCCAUAAUAGAUAAGUCCCGCCGCCGAAACCGAAACAAAAUCAGACAGCUUCACUUCCUUCCAGUCAUCGCCGGUCGCCGCUGUCAGUAAUCUUUUGGGUCUUUUCUUCUUUUACCUGCAUAGAAUUAGGCGGAAUGGCUAAUGAAGAAUAUAAUGUUAAUGUGCUGAGUCCUCAGAAUAAAGGGUGUGCAAAGUCCAUUGCAGAAAGUGCUGUAAGAAGGAAGAAUAGAAAGAAAAAGCAAUUGCAGGAAAGUGUAGAAAUGGAGGAAGAACAGGAGGUCAAUGAAUACAGCCCUUCAGCAGGAGGGAAUGUACACUCUAUUGAUAUGAGGGUAGAAACUGGGAAAAAUAAAAUAAAGAAGAAAUUUUUGGAAGAAGCUUCUAUUAGCAAGGAAGGUAGUAAAAAAUCUGACAGUGAGAGCAAAAGGAAAAGAAAGGAAAGGAAAAAGCAAUUAUUACAGAAAGCUGUUGAGGAUGAAGGGGAAGAUGUUAAUACAGAGGGUCUUCCAGAGGAGGUUAAUCCAGCAGCUGAAGGUGGAAGAAUUGAAACUGCAGAAGGCAAGGAAGAAGAAAUGAUCAUUGGAAUAAAUCCUAUAGCUGAAAAGAAUCCAAAAUCCAAUGAUAAAAUGGUCAAUAGGCUUAAAAAGAAGAAGAAAGAGCGGUUGCUAAAGGAGGCUGCUAAGGCUGACAAGCGUGGUGUUUGCUACUUGAGUCGAAUCCCUCCCCACAUGGAUCAUGUAAAGCUUCGUCAUAUUCUUUCCCAAUAUGGAGAAAUACAGAGGAUAUACCUUGCCCCUGAAGAUCCUACUGCUCAAAUAAGUCGCAAAAGAGCUGGUGGAUUUCGAGGUCAAGAAUUCUCUGAAGGGUGGGUUGAAUUUACCAACAAGAGCAUUGCGAAAAGAGUUGCUAAUAUCUUAAAUGGUGAACAAAUAGGUGGCAGGAAGAGAUCACAAUUCUAUUAUGACCUUUGGAAUAUAAAAUACUUGAGUAAAUUCAAGUGGGAUGAUCUUACAGAAGAAAUAGCUUACAAGAGGGCUAUACGGGAGCAGAAAUUAGCUCUUGAAAUUUCUGCUGCAAAAAGGGAGCGGGAUUUCUAUCUCAAUAAGGUGGAUCAAUCUCGGGCUUUGAGUUCUAUAGAGGAACGAUUAAAAAAGAAACAAAAGGUCCAACAAGAGUCAGUAGGUCAAGUUUCUGUUAAUGAGCAAGCACCAAAGGUCAUUCGUCAAUUCUCACAGACAAAACCAGUAGCAAAUAAAGUGGAAGAAAGCAAAUCUCAACUCUCAAAAGACAUACUGGCUGGGGUAUUUGGUGGUCUAUAGUAAAUGGGUUUUGAAGUUUUCAGUUUAUGUUCGACAUGAGGAGCUUAAGAGGAUACUGGAUGCUGAUUACUUUGUGGUCUGAUUCUUUGACGUCUUGAUGCGUCGAAAAAGCUUCUUACAAUUUUUCUUGCAAUUCUUUUAACAAUAUUGCUGGUGAUUAUUUAUGGAACUGAGAGAUUGUGCUAUAUUACGGUCGAGGAUCAUCAUGGCAGUGACCAGAACGCUGUAAACCAUUUAAGGGCACAUACCAUGUACUUGAUUUCCAUUGUAAUCGUUUUCAAUUCUUUUAAUUUAAAAUUUUUAAUUUAAAAAAAGAUGGAAAUCUUGCUUUGUAAGAACUUGUUUGAAUUUUUUUUUACAAAACGAUUUAUGCCAAAAGAUAGAAUUAUAUGGUUAGUUUUCAUCGUA